AGCGCAUGCGUCUGGCAUUUCCUAGUAGCGCUGACGAGCCGACCAAUAACAGCCAAGAAGUGACGCCACCGCCGGCCAAUCGGCGUCUCCGACGGUGAUGACAUCGUUAUUUUUAGCUCUUCUGAGUCACAGGAUAUAAGGCUGUAGGUUUAGUUGGGUGUUCACAAGUUGCCGAGACUCUGUGGCGUGUGGACGGGCUCUCGCCUCGCGUUAAGCAAAAAUAUAACUAGGAAAACUGAAGCAAAGUGCCUAGAGGUUUUUCUCACGAGGUGCGCGAGUCUCUCUGCCUGUUACUACUGCUGUUCUGUUUAUACUGUUUGGUGUCGUGAGUCAUUGUUGUGUUGACAGCGGUGCGAGAUGGUACCGCUUAUCAGGAGCACGACUGAAUUGUUCUUGACAAUCGUUUAGAAGCAUCGAGGGACAAUCCUUAUGUGAUAUAUUUACGUCGCACGAGGAUAGAGUUAACGUUAUCGGAAACCGCGGCUGGUUUCGAGACGAACUUAAUAAUAUUUUUCUGGGAUUUAUCACGGAUCAUAGUGUGUAGAAGAGCGUGAGUGAAUAAUUUUGUUUUUAAUUCUUAAUACGUUCUAUGUACAAUGCAAGAGAGUGGUAGAGAAUUUUGAAUUUUCUAUAUCAUGCGUCCGUUUGCGGUUCCUCGAGUUAUGUAACUGAGAUCAUAAACGUGAAAUCAGUUAAUGAGACAGACUGAGGGAGUGUGGCAAUUUCUUGGAGAGCGUAUCGAAUUUUAUUGGCCAGUGAUAAGGUGCUGCAAUAAUUGUGAGAACUCCUUUUUUUUUGUUGUUUGAUAUUUCAUAAGAGAGUUAUACUGUUAUCUGUGAAGAGACAUUUGAACCUAGUGGUGACGUUGGUCACUCUGUUGAUUGAGGCGCGAAAAUUUUGAAGAAUCUUGAAGAGAAAGGCGUUCUUGCUUCCUGGUGAUCAACAGCGAGGACACCGAUGGUGCGUAGCCACGCUAUGGAGCCGACCUUCUACGAGGAGACAGCCGUCUACGGGACGACAAAUCGUGAGAACGUGGGUCAGCUCAAGAGGAACCUCACCCUGGACCUCAACGGCGGACAGCGUCAACCUCAGGCCAAGAGGCCAAGGUUAGGGCCUUUACCGCCAGCUCUGAACAACGCAGCUCCGGUCUUGAGUUCACCCGAUCUCAACAUGUUGAAGCUGGGCUCACCAGAGCUGGAAAGGCUGAUAAUCUCUCAGCAGAAUGGCCUGGUGACGACGAUGCCAACACCCACGACGCAAAUUCUCUUUCCCAAGACUGUCACCGAAGAGCAGGAACUGUACGCCAGAGGUUUCGUCGACGCCCUUAACGAGCUUCAUCAUUCUGACAGUUCUCAGGAACCUGGCAGCAUCCAUGGGGCUACCUACACCACCCUGGAACCCCCAGGCAGUGUCCAGAGCACCGAGUCCCUUAGUCAGGGUCUGGUGCAGAUCAAGGACGAACCUCAGACUGUUCCUAGUGUUUCCAGUUCACCACCCAUGUCGCCUAUCGACAUGGAAAGUCAAGAGCGGAUAAAGCUCGAGAGGAAGAGGCAGAGGAAUCGUGUCGCCGCCUCGAAGUGCAGAAGGCGCAAGCUGGAACGAAUCUCUAGGUUGGAAGACAAGGUCAAGCUUCUUAAGAACGAGAAUUCCGAGCUGAGCGGUGUCGUUCACAAGCUUAAGGAACACGUGUGCCGUCUCAAAGAACAAGUUAUGGACCACGUGCACUCAGGAUGCCAAAUAAUCACGGUACCUGCACCUUUUUGAGUUUGAUCGACCGUGGACCACUAUCAAUCCUCUGAUAAUGACGCGUUGAUGUAAACAAUAUGCUUCUUCGAAGGAGUGCGGCCCAUACGGAAAGAGAAGGAACUCUUGCGCAACAAGACAUAGAAUCUCGUUCUGAUGUGUCUCUAACGUACUUCUUGUUAAAGCAAGCCGUUUGAGUGUCUAGCCCAAGGAGUCAGUGCCGAGGGGGAGGCGAUCGAAGACAUUUUUUAUCGUCUGCAAAUCGAUUAUGGGAAAUGUAGAUUUAACAUGAGAGGGAAAGAGUGCCUUGGACGUGCCGUGGCCAUGACAGUAAUUCACUGGACGUAACAUCGAGUGAACCGGAGAGGGCUGGUGAGCCUUUACUUUUCUGCGCAUAAUACCUGAACGCAUACGUGACGUUCGACACGGCAAAAUCUUCAGUCGGGAUAGUUUCUAGUGCAGAAGGAAUGCCGGGAGGUAUCGUCUGGCUCCAUGGAGUGGGGAAGCAGUCUCGAAGGUGGGAGGCGCCGUCGGCCAUUUUGGAGAACUGGAAAAUUGGCGCAUGCGCCAAACAAACGAUAAGAGCCAAACGUUCCUUUGGCAAUGAGGGGCGGGGGGGGGGGGAGAGAGAGAGAGAGAGAAAUCGCUUUCGAACGAAACACUUUUAUUCUUUUCCUAAUUAUUAAGAAGGAGAGUGGAGAGAGAGACUAUGAGUGUAUUUUUUAUCAUCAUCCUCUUUUAUUAUACUUAUUCUCUCGUUUAAUUGUUUUCCGCGUACAUCUUUGUUUAUUCGUAUCUUCUCUAAUUGACUUUUCUUUAUCUCUACUGUUGCUCUGUUUUUUUUCUUUUUUUUUUUUUUUAAAUAUUACUGUCUACUGUAAUCUUAGAGGUUUCGUAUCAUCAUUUGUGCAUCUAGUCCUGUCCAAUAUGCCCUCGUAAUUUAUAUUAGACAACCAAGAGGAGGACACGCGCUAAACGUAUAAUUAUUAUUAUUUUUUAUUCUUAACCGAGCAUACGCACUGUCAGGUGCGUAUAUAUGCCGUGAUUAUAUAGGCGCAUUACGCAUAUAUGCACAGACGACAGACGUUUAAUAUUAUUACGGCAUGCGGCCACGUGCUUUUUGACAGUAACGCUCGUUGACAGCUGUCAAAAUUUUUUUAUCAGUUACUCUUUUCUCACGUUUUUACUAUUCGCCUACACUCUUCGUGGAGAAUUUAAAAUUCGAAUCAUACAAGCGGAACGAUUUUUUUUCCUCGUCCAAGUGUGCCUCUACGUGUGGCUACGGUUUUCUUUUUUUUAACACGGUGCGCUUACGCACGGCGAAUUAUAUAACGUGUGCGUGCCACUAGUAGCCGUAAGCUGAUAGAAGUGAACGUUAGUCACGUUGGUACAUCUGUCCUUUUUUUUUUUUAAUAUCUUCCUCGCUGUCUCUCCAAUUCCUUCCAUUCCGACAAUACAGUCAAACUGUAUUGGCAGGUCAGGAUGGACUCGCGUUGAUAAUCGAGAUUACGACGGAGGGAGAGGAUAGUGAAGGAUGUGAAGAAAAAAAAAAAGAUCUCGAAUCCUCAAGUAGUAGCUCGUAUGUGAAAAUACAGUGUGUGCCUUUUGCUAAAGAAAAAUGGUAAAUUUCACUUUUUUUUUUUUAAUUGGUCGAUGAAAUAUUUAUAAUUAUUUUUUGAUUCAGGGUACCCUCGUACCCAUUUGGUCGAAACUUAAAAUUUUUUAUUCCCGUCUUCUUUUUACCCUCCUAAUUUAUCGCGAACAUUCUUUCGAUCCGCUUUGCAUCACCUUCCAAAUUAGACGUCGCGACGACGACGCCGUGGCGAUUAACGAUUAUAAGAUAACAAUAUAAGCGCUAGCGUUACUGAUAAAUAUUAGUUAUAAUACGAGAGUAUGUAUUUGAAUGACGUUUGAAUGGAUCGCGACGGAAUGAGAUAGACAGAGAGGGGUAGUUAUACGAAAAGGACGAAAGUAAAAGAGCGAAGAAACCGAGAGCGCGAGAAACUUGUGAAAAAAAUGUAUGAGAGUUUGAGAGUGUGAAUUGAAAGUAAAAAAAAACAUGUGAUUUAGCACGUAAGCGAGAAAAAACCCCAUUAGACUAUAGUGAUAAGACGAUAAUGAGGAUUAUUAUAAUGAAGACGAUGAUAAUGAUGAUUACGAUUACACGCAUAUAGAGUAACAUAACCUUAUUGAAUAACGAGAGUAAAUAUUGCUAUAUUAUAUAAUGUAAUGAUUAUAAAUAUAUAUAUAUAUAUAUAUAUAUAUACAUACACAUAUAACGCAUGUAUAGAUAUAUAUGUAUAUGUGUUAUAUGUUGUAUACCGAGAAGGCGGAGAAAUCUUUUUUUACGAAUAAUUUUAUUUUUGAACGAAAUACCAUGAAAAAAAAAUAAAUUUCAAUAUAUUAUACAAAAACUUUUUGGUGUUUAUUGUCAUUCGUGCGCCAUUUUCCACUCGUAAAGAUUAUCCGUAUCAGUUUCGUUCCUUGUUAAUAUUAUACCUGGGUCCCUCUAUGCCUAUCCCCGGCCCUGACCGUCUUCCAAAUUGCCAUAAGCUAUUAUAUACUAGUCGUUAGUGUAGUAGAUACGCCGUAAAUCAAUAUCGCAGCCAUAAAUUAAAACCGAGCAGUUGCGGCGAAGAAGCCAAAAAUUUGGUAAACAAUAAAUAACGGGAAGGUACGAAGGUCGAUUUAAGUAGAGAUAAAAAAAAGUAUAUGUAAUAACGAAUUUUAAAUUUAUCUUCACCAGAGAAUCCUACCGUAAUUUUGCUCGAUUAAUAUCUCGUUCAGUUAAUUAUGACAAUUAGCCAAUUACCACAAUUGAGAAAAAUUUCUUACCAGAAACUAUCCCGCGCACGUGGUACGCGUCUUGGCGUUCGUUGCUGGUCCGUAAUGUUUUUGCGAAAAUAUUUUUAACUGUUAGAUAAUUAAAGAAUGUCGUCAUUAUCUUUUACGUUUUCCUUUUUUUGCCCGGAGAUAAUAUUGUUCGUGGGAUUUAUCUAUGAUGGAUCUAAAUGGAGUUUAAAAUUUGAAUUUUGAAAAUGACCGUUAACGUCUUCAUCGCGAUGCUUCUACGUUAGGCGCGCGCGCACGUUACACGCAAUGGUACCAAUGGCGAUUUGGUCGAGAUCCGUAAAACUGAUAAUAAUUAUCAUGGACAGCCGCUCGGUAAACAAGCGAAAUAAUGCGCGCGUAUUUUCGAAAGUGGGGAGGUCUGAAAACUUUCACCGGCAGAAAUGCAGUAGCGUGCCCAGCAUAAUUCGGGGCCCUGACCCUCGUCGUGACGGAAGAUUGAAAAAAAUUGUUUGAAAAAUAAUUUUCUAAAAAAAAUUUUUAACUACAACAAAUAAAACGCGAUCGAAGUCAAGGGAAAAAAAAAAUAAAUUUUUAUAAUAUUCUUUUUCUACAUUCACCAAAGACGUGCGAAAAGGGAGCCUAAAAUUUUGGUAUAUUCUUUUUUACAUUCUCAAGACGCCAACGCGGUUACCUACCGACGUCCGAAGUACCGUUAACCACAUUUUAAAACCCGCCGUUGUUGCUCGACACCAUUUUGUUAUUUAUGCACUCAUCCAACAAGGCCAUAAUUCUUAUUUCGUUUCACCUUUCAAACAUACUCGCAUGCCUUAAAUCUUAUGCGCAUAGUUGGUCUAUUGUCCGUACACAUAUGUAUACGUCUAGUCAGUGAUGGAUACCAUAGUGGGUAUGUCAAAUCAUCUUUAUGAGGUAAUUUUUUAUUUUCAUCUUUUAUAAGGGCCAAGAAGACUCUUUUAUCAUUGGACCAUACUACUGCAUCCUACAGGCUGAUUCAGACAAUAUCAAUUUCAGAUCCAGGGGCCAUAUCCCUAUGUCUAACAGUGUAAUAGAGUCCCCUGAACUUUUUAAAAAAUUUUCUACCUUAUCUCACAGUCUUUCAAUUUCCAAAUUCGUUAUAAGGAUUGCAAAUAGAAUCAAAAAUUGGAUAUCGAUUCCUAACGGAGACUCGACAUUUUUUAGAUCACGUAGUGCCUGGUCCAUCUACAUAUCGCUUAUUAUCAAUAUCUUAUCAGCAGGCCUUGCUUGGUCGGCUAUCGAAUGGGACUUAUCAAGCGAAUAACAAACACUCCUCCUCGCCGCCUAUCGGCAUCACCUCUCCAGCCUUUGUUUCCUCCUCGUAUCUCGUUUCGCGAGCAAAUAAUAAUUUCGUGAUAAAAAUUAGUCGUGUUUUUUAAAAAAAAAUUCUGUUUCAUUAUUACAAAUCUCCAACUUUUUUUACUCCACGAAUAAAACCCAGUCUACUUCAUUUUUAUUACAUCCACUAACGAUCCCAUCACUGACUCCGUCCCACUUUUCGUUAUUCUUUAAAUUCUGUCUUAGUUUACCCGAAAAAAAUAUUUACCAAAUUUCUCGAUAUCAGCAUCGGUACGUUGAACCGUCUUAAGUACUCCAGACUGCCAAGAGAUUACCAAUCUGGGUUGGCCAGUCUGUUUGCAUGACAGGGCAGGAAAUCGACUGUACAAUAUUUGACAUUCCAUGACGUAUUUCUAUACCUUUCGGCUUUCGAAAAAAAAAAAUAAAUAAAUAAUACCAAAAACAAUGCCGCAACCUGACGAUACAAUAAAUUCACUAUACAAUU